UUCUCUAACUCUCAGCAUUUAUGCUUGUUUUUCGACUUGCUCUCUUGACCGUUUCUUGUUUUCUUUUCUUUUUUCUCUGUUGACGCCUUUGACAAUCGAAUUUUGAAGCAUGUAAUUUUGUCAUGUAUUAAAAGCAAACUCAAUAUAUAACAAACGGAUAAUUUGAUUAACAAAUAAAUGAAUCGGGAACUAGUUGAAAACAUCUUGACCGUGCUUAAAACUUCUACGGACAAGAGUGUGGUAAUCAAGGGGCUUGUGAAGUUACGAACAGACGUGGUGAAGGACCAUGGAGGCAUUGUACUUUUCCGGGUAGCUGGUGGCGUACCACCAAUGGUGCGCUUCCUCAACAAACCACAUGAAAAAAUUCUGGAGGUAGCCUUGAGUAUACUUGGAAACUGCUGCACUGAUGAAGACAGCUGCAAAGAGGCGCUGCUUUGCAAGGUGGCUUCUCCACUCACCACCAUUUUGAAGUCAAUUCCUAAUCCUAUCAUACAGUGUCGCGCUUGUCGAUUGUUGGGAAAUCUUGCUAAAGGCUCUGCCAGCCAAUUACUUGCCGCUCACUGUCCUGCCAUUGCUCAGGCCGUCUGCCAAAUCAUUACCGAAACCAGCGAUGUGAAUACGCGCCUUAUGGGCUUUCGGGCAUGCAGAUUUCUGCUGCCGAGUGAGCAAUUUGUACAACACUUUCUCGCGGCAAAUGGUUUCGUAAUGAUGAUACGAAUUUUAACAGCUGUUAUGAAAGCAGAUGCACACCCCCCCACGCAAGAAGAACUUUUGAAAAAUGGAAGUUGCAGCCCUCCUGCAGCGGGCCUAAAAAACAGUCAACAUCGUGAAAAAUAUUUUGAAGAAGUAGCACGCAACCUGGAAGGUGUGCGUAGUGAUAUAUUCGAUCAUGAAAUGUUAAAGAAUCAUCCGCGCGCUUUGGGCGACUACGCUAUGCCAGAAGAACGUGCUGCCUUAGAACUGGCUGGUGAAAUAUUUAAAUGUUUACUAGUGUUGGCUGAACUACCAAUUGGGCCAUCUGGUUGGAAGGCGCUAAGCAGCAGUGGCUGCACUUUUGCACCAAUUACCUUUUUUAUUACGGAAGAAAAUCCACAACGCGGAGUUGCUUUGAAAAUCAUUUCAAACUUCUCAAAGCAACUAGAUGCCUUUCACAUGCUCAGCUCUGCUGAUGCAGUCGUGGCGGCUUGUGAACUCCUUGUUACGGAAAAUAUGGCAAGACCUCUAACAGAAAGUGAAAAACGUCAUUGCAUUCAUAUUAUUUGUAUGCUCUCGCCGGACGCGUGUAAUCGCGCCAAGAUACGACGCUCAGGCGCCUUGCGAAAAUUGAUUGCAAUGGUGCGUGAUUCGCAGUCAAAUACGGAAAAAUCUCAGAUUUUAUAUUUGCUGAACAACUUUCAAUAUGAUAAUAUGAGCAUGGACUUAAUGCUCAGAGAAGGUCUGGUGCCAGUUAUUAUAGGUGAACUCGACACUUUUCUCACCAGCGAUGAUGAGUACCACAAGAAAAAGCGUGAAGAGAAACAACAAAGCUCAAAGAAGCGCAAGCUACCGAAGGAUGCUUAUGUAGAAUCCAAAAACAAGGUGAUUAAGGUGCAGGAUCGGGCUUUCCUCAUUGACUGCGAGUCUCCCAGCAGUUCGCCGCGUUCAUAUAACACACCCUCCAGUCCUUGCAGCUCUCGCGGCAUGUCGCCAGUUGGCAACAAUGUGUUUAAAUUAGAAGAUGACGCUUCCGAUGACGAAACGUAUUCGCCCGUUUGUAGUGAUGAAGAGGACGACGAGGAGGCACCCGCCGAAGCAACAACAGACAAUGAGGCAACACCAGCCAAUGUCGUUGCUGUUGAAGACGUUAAUCUGCCUAUUAGCCAGAGUGCCAACAACAAUAACACUGCCGAUAAUUCGGAGAUAAUGAGACUGCUGGACAUUGCCUGUCAAACGAAUGAGACAAUUGAAGAUAAUAUGCUUGAUAAAGAAGAAGAUGAGGAACAGAGUCAAGAUGUGCCGUAUCAAAAGCUACCACAACUGGGCAGUAUGCCACGCAGUACGCUGGAUCACCUGGAAAAUUUACUCUUCCGCGUUACCUUGCUGGUGAACAAGCGCGGCGAGUUGGGCAAGCCUGAAACUAUGAACACGCUGAUAAAGGCCAUCAAUGUGUUUGGCGCCAACAAUAAUUUCGGCAGCUCCUUAACAAAUAUAUUGCAGGAGAGUCAGUUCUUUGCACAGGUUAUUCGCAGUGGCAUAGCGCAUCAGUUGUAUCAGUUGACGAAAAGUGAAGAGAUGAACAAAGACGGAUUUGGUUUUUUGGUUACCCUAACUUGCGUUGGUGAAUCCAACUAUGGUAAGGCCGAACUAGCACGCUUUCUACGCGGUGAUGAUGAGGAUGCUCAAAAGCGUGCCGCAAUCACUGUCGCGUAUAUAAUUAAAAGUCAACGCUUACUGUAUCAGUUCCUAAACGACGGGAAUGCGCUUAGUUUGCUGCUACAAAUUAUUUUGAGUGGUAAGCGUGAUGAGUUCACAGCAGAAGCAGUGGAUGCUUUAACCGCCAUGUCGAAGUAUACACUCGGCAUAUCAGUGCCUCGCAUCAAUGAGGCUAUGCGCGCAAGUGAGCGCUAUGAGGAAUUUGUUGAUGACGAAACCAGUGCGCUGCAUGAAAAUUGUGAUAUGCGUUUUGUAGUGCACACAAAGCACACCAAGUCAAAUGCUGGCGAGGAUGCACUCAUUUCUGCAACUGGCGAUGUGGAGCAAAUUGUCGAAUUUAAUAAGGACUUGCUGUGUAAUACCAGCGAGGUAUUCAACACAAUGUUGAAUAGUGAUUUCAGGGAACGCAACGAGGGUGAGAUACAUUUGCGCACCUGCUCUGUAAGCGGUUUGCGUUACUUUCUCAACUUGAUAGUGCGUCGGUCGCAAAAAUUGAGAUACAACAUACCAAAUGCGCAUAAUUAUCAUGCAAUACUUGAAGCUUUUGAGAUGGCACGCGUGUACAUUAUAAAUGAAAUGGAGCUGUUCUUACAACAAAUGCUGAUCGGGUUGUUGGAUGACACGAAUUGCUUAAAUGUACUCGAGUGGGCACUACGAAACUACCAUGCAGAAUUAACCGAAACUGUAAUCAACUACUAUUUGUGCUCAACCCUAACGACGGACGCCAAAGUUAAGUUAUUCCACACUGCUGACUAUUCCGAAUAUUCCACCGAGUGGUUCCAAAUGAUCAUCGACGCUAUAUUUACACGCUGUCGAAAUGGAUUUUAAAUAGCAUGACUUUUUCAGUUUAGUUUAAUUUUAAUAUUUUUACUUUUAGAACGCUCAUUAACUGCAUUAAAACUUAGUAUCAAUUCAUAUUGAAAUAUAUGUACAUAUGUUUGUAUGAAACAAAAAUGGAAGCAGCAAGCACUUGAGUCAGACAAAGAGAUACUUUGUGCCGUUAUGACAUGCAACAUUGUUUGAAAUUUGAAAGAAUUCGUUUAAUCUCUGAAAUUCGAUUACUGUAUUGAGAACUAUUCAUAUGUUUGUAUGUAUUUAUGUCUAGCGAUAUCGAACUAUUCUAUUUCGUGUACAUUUUGGAAUGUAAGCGAACGGUACAAUUUAAAAUAUGAUAAUUAUGUAAUAAAUAAAAUGAGUUGAACAUGAGCAUAGUUAUAAAAAA